UUAUUGGGGAUUCAGAAAUAGUACAGAGGAUCACUCGGCUGAAUUCUAUGUGGCACUGCGGUGGAUACAGUUUGUUAUGGUGGUUUUGAGUAUUGUCGGUUCAGGCUCCAUCAUUGGAUAUGCAGCAUUGCAGCAGUUGGUGAGGCAUGCAGAGAUUCGCCCGUUAUUCUACCUGAGUUUGUCUGACCUGAUGCUGGGUGUUUGUUGGCUGAUUGGUGUUUUACUCUACAGGGGGUCCCUCAGUGAUGGGAGUAUUACCUGCUACAACCUCCAAGUGAUAGGACAGGUGCUAUAUAUCUCAUCUUUUUGCUACACCUUGAACUAUACCUGGUGCCUGUACAGGGAUCUUAAGUCAAGAAUCCACGCAGUGAUGAACAACACAUCUCACCUGCCAACUGAAAGCAGUAGCGGAUUGAGCAGGAUCGUAUUAAUCUUGUCCAGUUCAAUUCCUCUCCUCCUGAUGGUGCCUGUGUUUUGUGUUGGAAAUGGAUACACCUGUUAUGCUAACCUCAGCAAUUUGUGCCUCCUCCUUCACACUGGAAUGCUGAAACCAAACAGUAGUUAUGUUAAUGCCCAUGAGAAUGAAUGUCACAGUGUGUACCUGUACAGAACCAUCAUCCUCCUCAUUACCUUCUGUUUUACGUUACUUGGACUUGUGAUUCUUCUAAUUAAAACCCGGAUCCUCUAUAAGAAACUAGUAACUUUGACUGGAUUUCUCGGAGACCAGCAAUGGGCAAAGAUCAGCAUGAUUGAGAGGAGAAUCUUCCUCUAUCCCACAGCUUUUCUGUUCUGUUGGGGACCAGCAACCAUUCUGGCCAUGGUUAAGCUGUUGAACCCGAUGGACACACCUUCUCUUUAUGCUGUACUCUACAUCUUACAGGCAUUCACUGCUGCAUCUCAGGGACUGCUGAACUGCAUUGUGUAUGGUUGGACACAGAGAACGCUCCGUUACAUGAGACAAAAGGCUCAUCGUGACAUUGAUACACAGACUCCACUCCUCCGUUCUCAAAAGCAAUCAUAUUCUAGCAUGCACAAUUCCAAAGUGAUGAAUGAGUAG